UCACGUGACCUGUCACCUGACCAGUGAUCACUACAGCAGGAAAUGUUGCUAUAAAACACGAUAGCACAUUUUAGUCACUAAAGAUUCAGCAAUGCAUUGUUUGUGUAACGGAAUACAUCAUUGUUUGAGUCUGUGGAUGGUCUGUGUGUCUCUUUUCAUAAACCAUGGAUUCGGCGGUAAAAUGAAGAUAGUCGAGGAGCCAAACACAUUUGGGUUGAACAAUCCUUUUCUGGCUCAGGGAAACAGACUACAGCCUAAAGUGAUCCCAUAUCCAGUGUCUGGCCCUGCACAUUUUCAUCGGCUCGCUGGGAAGUGCUUCAUUCUCACAGAGUCAACGUAUAAAUAUGAAUUCUGUCCAUUUCACAACAUCACCCAACAUGAGCAGUCAUUUAGAUGGAAUGCCUACAGUGGGAUACUGGGGAUCUGGCAGGAGUGGGAAAUGGCAAACAACACUUUCACGGGCAUGUGGAUGAGAGACGGGGAUGCUUGUGGAACGAGAAACAGGGAAACGAAGGUGAUUUUUGUCUGCAGUGCGAACAGUAAGCUUGCUCAAGUUUCAGAGCCCAGUACUUGUGUGUACUCGCUAACUUUUGAGACUCCACUUGUUUGCCAUCCACAUUCCCUUUUAGUUUACCCGACGCUGAGUGAGCAGCUCCAAAUAGAAUGGGAUGAGGCUGAGCAGGCUCUCUAUGAAGGUCUUAUUACGGAGCAGGGAUACAACAAUCUUUUGAGGAAUAUUUUUGAGGACGCUGGUCUCCUGAAGAGCCAAAAAGUGAAGAUGAAGCUGCCGGAAGUUGCAGCUGAUUCAGGAACACCCAACUCUUUACAGAAAUGUACAGAGGAUUUUGAAAAACAGAGAGAAGAGAUUGAGAGGCUGCACGCUCUCCUCACUCAUCACAAUAUUUCCUUUGAUUCAGAGCAAACAGAUGAUGCAAAAGGUACCGUGAGUACAACAGUUAAGGAGCAACUCUUACGGGGAGACAACGGCCUUAUUGAUCUGCAGUGAAACAUCUCCCAGAGCAAGUCACCGUCUCAUUACAGGUCACGUCUCCAUUUAAAAGAGGGGAUUUGAAGAUUUUGUUGAUCAAUGCGAGCGACACAGUUCCUGGACAAUAUCGCUGUCACUGGUGACGGCACUUAUCAGCGACACUGAGAGACUACUUUUUGGAUUACACUUGUCGGACAUUUGCAGAACUUGUUUAUUUUUUUAGGAGUAACGCCACUCAGCUGGUUCUCUUGAGGACGUUUGUCUUGUGAAUGAAUCAUUCUGUCAAAAUGCAACAUAGAGAAAUAAAGUUUUGAGAAGGGGGUUAAAAGUUUAAUGUAUUUGAGUCUUCAGCAGGUUUACAAACUUUACAGGAGAAAAUUAAAAGUAUAACGUGUGUGAGAAAUCUCCAGGCUUAGUGAUGUGUGUGCGUGUCGUAACAGUGAGACAAACUUAAUUUAAAUGUCUUUGGAAUAUUACAUUUACUGUAUUUGUAUUUAUUUUUAUAAAUACAGGAAGUGAUGUCAACAGUCUUCACUUACACACAGA